UUUCUUUUAGCUGCAGCAGGAAGCCCUGCAGGGCUCCCACACUGACAGGAGAUUUACAUGAACAGCAGAUGUCAUUCUCAUUGAAACUGACUACUAUAAUAAGAAAGGAACAAGAGAUGGUGCCAAAGUCUUCUCUCACCACAAAAACAAGCGAACAAGGGCAGAAAAAAUGCGGAAUGGGUGGAGUUUGGCCCACUGGCUUUGGCAAGCCAUCCAAUCAGAAGGCCCGAGUUUCUGGGGAUGCUCAUGUCCAGUGGUGUUCAGCUGAGGGUGAGAUCAGAAACAUGAAGAUGGAGCAAAAGAUGUCAGCGAUGGUUUCCCUGGCUUCAUUAUUGAGAAAACUCUGCUGCUUGCUGGUAAUGCCAGGUUUCAUAGGAGCAACAUCUCUGACGAAAGUAAAACAGCCUGACGGAAAUCCUGUCAGGAUUGAUUCUGCUAAAGCGAACAAUUUCUUGGCGAACUUAAGACCCAAGAGGAACGUCGAUCCCAAAUGGUACCGAGGUGACCCUGACUUUCAGUCCUACUACAGUUUCUACAACAGCAUCGGUCACAUCGAAGGACUUUAUGAGAUAGACCGCAUCAGGAUGUUGUAUCAGCAGAUGCGUCACCUGGAGCUGACCUAUGGCCCCGACGCUGCCAGCUACAUUAACAAAAUGGGUGAAACAACCAGCACCGCAGGACCAGCUACAACAACUCCCCCUCCGACACCUCCCACCACCCCGGCUCCCACACCGGACCCACUGGAGAAAGCUGAGAAGAUCUAUCUGUGCAACCCCAAGGACCCUCUGUGCAAACCUCGGAUUGUCUACCUGCCGACCGGAGCUGUCCCAAUACUGUGUGACCCCAGACUCAACCUUGCAUGCGGUGCUACAAAAGAAGAGGGGGUUAGAAAUAUUGCUCCAUCUCAACCAACACCAGCCACUCCUACUUCUGGAAAGGCUAUUUCACCUGUCCCUCCACCGGUCACCAAGAAAGGGAUGGAAUACGACUGUGACCCGUACUGGGAUCCAGACUGCCUCAUCGACCAGCCUGCACAGGAAGCAUCGUCACCAGUAGCAUCAGACGAGGAAACAACAGAUGAAGGGAAUGUUCCUGUUGUUUUAAAUGGAGCUAAAAAGAAAGGGCCUGGCCCCUAUUUUGACCCUUAUGAUUUCAAAAGUGACCUAUAUGACCCCUAUCGUUAUGCUGAGCCAGCUCCGGAUCCACAAUGAGAGCAAACUGUCCACAAAAAAGAUGACAAAUGGAUCAACAGCAAGACCAGCAAUGCAGGUUAUGCUACAAAUAUUGCAUAAUUUCUUAGAUGAAAAACAAUACAGUGCCUGUACAAUGUGAGAGACUAAUGCACAAUAACAU